AAAAGUGGAGUCUCUUGAAUCGGCGGCGCCCCUACUCAACAAGGAGUAUCACUUCUAUCGGAUGAUGUGGCGUCACAGUUUAAUAACUGGAAUACCAGAGGUUUACUAUUUUGGAACGUGUGGCAAAAAGUAUAACGCACUGGCCAUGGAGCUGCUGGGGUCCAGCCUUGAAGAUCUUUUUAAGUUGUGUGGUCGGAAACUUUCAUUGGAAACUGUCCUUAAGAUUGCGUUUCAGACGAUCGAUAGAUUGGAGAUGGUACACAGUGUCGAUUUGAUACACUGUGACGUGAAACCUUCACACUUUCUUGUCGGCCGAAGUCAUACAAAGAAGGAAGACGUCAUCCACCUAAUCGGUAAAGUUUUCCGCAAAAGUUUAUCUUUCUGA